AUGCAGGCGAACGGCGCCCAGUUCUAUCUCGCAUGCACUCAGAUCAAGAUCACUGGAGGUGGAAAAGGUACACCCGGCCCUCUUGUUGCUCUGCCAGGAGCCUACAAGACCAACGACCCUGGCAUCCUAGUCAACUUGGGCACUAUCCAGCCAGACUCUUAUAUCCCUCCGGGCCCUGCUAAUCUUCCGUCUCUGCCCUCGGAUACCAGCCCAGAGACUUUUCCCCAGGCAGUGGACAAGGCAUAUAAUGAAAAUACCGAGCCUCCACCUCUGGCCGACGCCGUAACAGCAAAACAGGGCCAAGCUGAUACUGUCGCCGAUUUACUGUUGAAAGCACACAUCGGAACGGCACGGUCGGCUGUCGAGGCCCUGCAAGCCCCAGGAAAGCUGCCUGAAUUUUUCGCCAAGACGGACGAUAUUUUGCUCCCAUAUCUUGAUGCCUUGCAUGGUGCGGAGAUGGACCCCAAUAACCAUAAGAUAUACCUGGAGCUGACCCAGAAAUUCGAACGCCGCUUCGUCGAGGAUAUGAAUGCGCUUAAUGUACUGGCUCCCGACCAAUUAACUCGUGUGACCGAGUAUGUCCGGCCGAUUGUUCGCUUCGUUGAGAAGAUAGUGGCGAACGGUUUCGGUUACGCCACCCCCGACGGCUCCGUAUAUUUCGAUAUCGACUCGUUUGAGAAGGCUGGGCAUAGCUACUCCCGGCUGGAACCGUGGAACAAGAACGACCGUACCCUCCAAGCCGACGGUGAAGGUUCACUGUCCAAGGGAAAGUCAAUGAAGCGGAGCGAGAAUCAUUUUGCGCUGUGGAAAGCGAGCAAGCCAGGCGAGCCAGCAUGGCCGAGUCCAUGGGGUCAUGGGCGGCCAGGGUGGUAUAUUGAAUGCUCUGCGAUGGCCUCUGAAGUCAUCGGGAAGACGAUAGAUAUCUAUUCCGGGGGCGUUGAUCUUCGUUUCCCUCAUCAUGAUAACGAACUCGCACAAUCAGAAGCUUACUGGUCGACUACGGGCUGCCCAGUACAGUGGACGAAUCACUUUAUUCAUAUGGGGCAACUAAGGAUUCGAGGUUUGAAGAUGAGCAAGAGCCUCAAAAACUAUACGACCAUCAGAACUGUUCUCUCCGAAAAGGAGUGGAGUGCACGUUCUCUCCGAAUUUGCUUCCUCCUUAUGCCGUGGCAGGAUGGCAUCGAGGUAACAGACGAGCUUAUGAAGGCCGUAGUUGGCUGGGAAGGCAAGCUCAAUAACUUCUUUCUAAACAGCUUGGACCUCUGGAAACAUUCUACCGAUGUCGAUACAGCUCUUUGCGAUUCCUUCAACACCUCAGCUGUCAUGAGAAUCCUCUCUGAUCUUGUUACCGAGUCUAACUCGGCAGAGGCACUUUCAGAUCAGACAGUCAUCUUGCUUGCUCGGUGGAUAACACGUAUUGUCACCAUUUUUGGUCUGGAUCCCGAGGGAGAUCUCAGCAACCCGGACCGUAUUGGAUGGUCGGGCCUCGAUAUUCCCGCGCCAGCAAAGCCCUAUGUCUACCCUGCAUCUCAAUUGCGCGACAAAAUUACGAUCACGGCGUCAACACCAAUGGUCGAGUCUUCCGAACCAUACGAUCAACUCCGUGAUGUACACCUCUGGAACCUAGGCAUCUAUCUCGAGGACCACGACAACCCCCGGCCUGCUUUGGUUCGACCACUCGAUAAGUUGGUCAUGGAGGCGCGUGCGGAGCGGGAAUCUGCUGGCACUGCGAAGGCGAAGGCUAAGCUGGAACAGCAGGCCAAGGAGGCUGAAAGGGAGAAAGAGCUGAGCGAGCGCGCCAAGGUUGACCCCCUUCUGAUGUUCAGGACCUCGGACGAGUACUUAGAAUGGGACGAAAGCGGCAUCCCGACCGUGGACGCAGCAGGGAGUGUGGAGAAGCAGAAGAAGAUGCACGAGGAAUGGCUGGCGACGCAGCAGGCAGCAUAG